AAUAAUAAGAAGAAGACGGAGGAAAUGGAAAAAAAGAGGAAAGAAAAAAUACCGUUAGAAUAUCCGUUUUUAGAGGCUUGAGAGGUCUUUUUUGUGGUAAUGUUACUUUAUAAUUGAAAUCAAAAAGAUUAUAGAUUAUUUUCUAGAAAUAUAUAAUUAGUAAAUAGUGGUUUGGUUUUCUGAACCUUGUUAUAGAUUUGUCGCUACGUUAUCUCGGGUGUGGUUCAGAAUCAAACAUAAAAACAAAUAUUUAAAUCAUCCAAAAUCUCAUUUUGCUUGAAUCUUCGACAUUAUGAAGAGGACUUCAAUCUUCAUUUUGAUUUUACUGCUAAUGUGGAGUGUGUUUGCUGCUACUGCAGAUGAAGUAAAAGCAGUGACAGUGACGGAGGGAGAUUCUGUCACUUUAAAUCCUCGUCAGGGUUUAAAGGAGAUCGAUCUAUUACUUUGGAGGUUUGGAGACAAAGGUUCCACCAUUGCUCAAAUCAAUGAAAAUAAUAUCUCAUAUCCUAACUACACUGAGAUAUUCAAAGGCAGACUGAAGCUGAAUCAGACUGGAUCUCUGACCAUCAACAACACGAGAGCCAAACAUUCUGGACUUUAUAUUCUACAUAUCGACCACAGUGGAGGAAAAUUAGUAAUGAACUUCGUUGUUACUGUCAAUGAGCCUUCACCUUUAAUUGAUGCUCCUGAAGCUGAAAUGAUGCAUGUGUCAGUGAAGGAGGGAUAUCCUGUCACUCUUCACACUGAUGUUCCUCAACUACACGGAGAUGAACUGAUAGUGUGGAGGUUUGGAGAUAAAGAAAAACUCAUGGCUAUAGAUGAUAAAGAGAUCAAGAGCAAAAAAAUAUAUGAUACUGAUGAGAGAUUCAGACACAGACUGGAGCUGAUUGACCUGACCGGAUCUCUGAUCAUCAAUAACAUGAAAUACACAGAUGCUGGACUUUACACAGUGAAGAUCAGCAGCAACAAACAGAUACUAUACAAGAAAUUUUUUGUCACUGUCAGUGGUUCAGGUCUAUCUUCAGGUGCUGUAGCAGGAAUUGUUGUUCUGCUGCUGCUGGUUGCAGUUGCAGCUGUAUUGGGUUUUCUUUACUAUCGCAACAAGAACUCUAAACUACAGAAACGACUUGAUGGCGUUUAUCAAACAGCAUCAGGAGGGGAUGUCACUAUAAAGCCUGAAACUAAACUACAUCCAGGUGAUGAGAUACAGUGGUGGUUUUGGAAUGAACUCUCCCCGAUAGCUGGAUUCAAAGAUGGAAAGAUCUUUACAUCCAAUAAUCCUAAAUGGAAAGGCAGAGACAGACUGAAGCUGGACAAGAAGACUGGAUCUCUGACCAUAAACAACAUCGGUCGUAAACUCACUGGAAAAUAUACAUUAGAGAUCAUCAGGGGCAGUGGAGAAAACAUAAGAAGGACAUUCACUGUUCUUAUUACAGAUAAUAAGAUAGCAGCACAGAAAGGAGCUUCUCAAACUCUGAAGCCUGAUACUGAAAUACAGAGAGAUGAUGAGAUACAGUGGCUCUUAGGAAAUAAAAAUGAUCUGAUUGCUAAAAUGACUGGAGUGACCAGAAAGAUAACAUAUCCUGAUGAGAGAUUCAAAGACAGACUGGAGCUGGACAAGAAGACUGGAUCUCUGACCAUCAACAACAUCACUUUUAAACACACCGGAGUUUUUAAAAUGAAGAUCAGCAGCUGGAGAAGAAACAAAAUACAAGUGUUCAUUGUUUAUAUCCCACCGGAGGAUAAGAUAUUCACAGAGGGAGAUACAGCUGUUUUACAGAGUGGUGUAGAAAUACAGAUAGAAGAUGAAGUAGAAUGGAAGUUUGAAGGUUCUAAGUCUCCAAUAGCUAAAAUUAAAGAUGGACAAAUAAAGUUUCCAUCUGCUGGUCCAGGUGAGAGAUUCAAAGAGACACUGGUUCUGGACAAGAAGACUGGAUCUCUGAUCAUCAAGAACGGCAGACCUGCACAUUCUGGGCGUUAUUGUCUCCAGAUCAAGAAUAGCACUGGAGCCCCAAUCAGAGCAUUCAAUGUUGUUUUCCAUUCUCCCGCAGAAAACCAAGAGCCUGCUUUAUUGCCUGAAGAACAGAAACUAUUACCUAGAGAUUUUGAGGAUAUUGUGUAUGCGAAUGAGAGGACGAGUCCAGUUUAAUGAGAGAAGACACGCCCACCAGUGUCAAUCACUGUGACCUCAUCAACAUGUAAAGCUCCAACUACAAACAAACAAUCAUCUUUCCGCUUUUCAGAGCUUCUAGAAUCCGUCCAGUAAAGUAAGAAACAAAUCUGUGUUUGAUCAGCCGUUAAACUCGCAUGUAAAAAUAUUUUAGAUGAACUCAAAAAUGUGCUGAUAAAACACUUUCAUGUUGUUUUGUGAAUGUUACACAUCAUAUGUUACUCUGUUAGCAGUUUGACCCUCAAAGCUUUGUGUGAUUUUAGAAAGUGAGCAGCUUUUAUAAGACAUUUUAUCACAGCAGUGUUACUCUAAUCAUUUUGUGUGAUAUUUAUUAAUUAUUAAUUUUAUAAUUAAGACCAAUAUCAGGAUAAUGUCACUGUUUUGGGGUCUCAUGUAUGAAACUCACAUUUUAGAAACACCUUUGACUAUCAGUGCUACAUUUAGUUUCAGUAUAUUUUACACUUUUAUUAUUGAAGUUAAUCAGCUGUAACUUUUAUUUACAGUGUUUUACUUUUCAUUUGAACUUUAAACUUUGUUUUAUUAUACUUGUUAUGAUUUACUGUUAUUGAGUCUGUUAUUUUACUGUCAUUUUAUUAUGCUUUGAUAUGUUUUUCCGUGACAUAUUCUAAAGUGAAUCUGCUUCUUUAUCUAAAUCUGAUCUGCAUGUCAGAUUUAGUAUAUAAAGAACUUUGUAUUUAUGCUGAAGCACUUAAAUUAGCUUUUAACUAAAGAAGCUCUUGUUCAAUUUGAGCACUUACUGAUGUGAUGUCACACUGUUGUGAAUUUGCUUUUGAUUUAUUAAUUAUUCUGUUAGUCAUUUUUGACCACUGCAUGUUCUUAAUGAAUACAUGUCAAAUACUUACUAACUGAUCAUUUGUGUCCCCAAGUUUAGUGGACAAAUAUUGUUUCAGCUUGUUUUCUAACAACUGUUUUCACACAAAAUGCUUGAAAAUAUAUUUUUGAAUUCAAUUGUUAUCCUAGCCAAACAUAAUAAAGGAAAAUUGCGUGAAAA